AACUGUAUAUUGAGAGAUAGCGCACAGGGAGACAGGCAUCUCACAUCUCAAGUGAACUUUCAAACUUAAAUCCAGUCAUGGAAAGUGGGAUUGAUGCUCUUCAUGCCUCAGGGGUUCAGGUGGUCUAUUAUCUCCAGACAAACUACAAGAGUUCACAAGACUGGUUCAUGUUUGUGUCAUUUGCAGCUGAUCUUAGAAAUACCUUCUUUAUCUUUUUCCCAAUCUGGUUCCAUUUGCAUGAAUCGGUUGGAAUCAAACUUAUUUGGGUUGCUGUGAUAGGAGACUGGCUGAACCUUGUCUUUAAAUGGAUACUAUUUGGGCAGAGGCCAUACUGGUGGGUCCAUGAUACAGAUUAUUACAGGAACACCUCUACACCUGUUAUUGAACAGUUCCCGGUCACUUGUGAGACUGGUCCAGGAAGUCCAUCAGGACACGCCAUGGGUUCAGCUGGAAUAUACUAUGUAAUGGUGACAGCUAUUCUCACAAUAAUGUUAAAGAAGAAAGGACCCUCCUUUAGCAGCUGGUGCAUCCGUGGAGCUCUCUGGACCAUUUUUUGGACUGUUCAGGCUUGUGUCUGUCUAUCUAGAAUAUUUCUAGCUGCUCAUUUUCCACACCAAGUGGUGGCUGGAGUAAUAUCAGGAAUAGUUGUGGCUGAAGCUUUCCAUCAUACACAAGUCAUCUACAAUGCAAGUCUGAAGAAAUAUGUCUAUACUACACUCUUCCUGUUCUCCUUUGCACUUGGUUUCUACUUACUCCUAAAAGCACUUGGUGUAGACCUUCUUUGGACCCUGGAAAAAGCCAAGAAAUGGUGUGAAAGGCCAGAGUGGGUUCAUAUUGACACUACACCAUUUGCAGGCCUUCUCAGAAAUCUAGGUAUUUUUUUUGGUUUAGGACUGGGACUCAAUUCAAAGCUUUAUCAAGACAGUUGUUGCGGUAAACAAGGGAGUCAAAUCAGGUUCCGUCUCUGUUGUAUAGUGGCAUCUCUGUUUGUUCUGCAUAUGUUUGACUCAUUCAGGCCACCGACCAAAGUGGAGAUGCUCUUCUAUGCUCUGUCUUUCUGCAAAAGUGCAGCUGUGCCCCUGGCAGCCGUAGGAAUUAUUCCUUACUGUGUGUCACAGUUACUUAAUCAACAAUUAAAAAAGACACAGUAGA